AUGUUCUUUGGUAAAGAUCUGCUCUCAAAGAAAGAACCUAUUGGAUUGCUAUGGCUGGCCGGAACGAUAGGAAAACGUUGCAAGCUUACAAAAAAGAAGAUAUUAUUGGUAAAUAUCCCAGCUCUGGCUGAUGAGAUCAUAUCUAAGGGAAAGAAAAUUAGCAGCAAGACUGCCAAAGGUGAUAAGGACGUGGUUGACUUUAGUGCUCAAUCAGAUCUUUCUGGGUAUUCUCUUCGUCUUUCAAGCACAUUACUUCUUGGUAUUGUUGUUAUUUAUAACAAGAGAACACAAUUCUUGCUUUCCGAGGGUAAUAUCAUGAUACAGAGGGCAAGACAAGUACAUGUUGCACUAGGAAGUGGUGAUGAUAACACUGUUCUUGAUCCUUCCAAGAGAAAUAUUGCUCGCUUUGAAGCGAUUACAAUGAAAACUCUAGAUCAUUCAAUAGAAGUCAUUGAUCCAUCACUUCUAUUGUACGAUCAAGAAUUUGUUAGAAAUUGGUACAAACUGAUUGGAGCCAAUGACAAUGGAGAGCUUAUUGUUUCUAGUCUUGAUCAAAAUACUUCCACUGAGACUAUUUCUGCAUUUGGAUUUGAGGUGGUAGAUGUGAACAGCAAUCCUUUUAUUUCUAAUAUUGUGCAUCAUGAAAAUCCAACAAACAUUACUGGCUUAGCACUUAAUGACGACAUCUUUACCGCAGGUGUGGACAUUUUCGGUCAGACAAACAACUCUGAGCUUGUUGGAAUUACAGAAAAUGCUGUAGACAAGUCAAAUCUGAUGAAUCAUUCAGACAUUGGCGGAUUUGAUGACGGCAUAGGGUUUGUACCGGACUCUAUUGUGCCAGAGUCCAAUCCAAAGAAACGGAAGAGAAAGGACGGACACUUAAUUAUCGAUGAUGAAGUUCAGAUAUCAAGCGAUAACAUGAGAACAAUGAUUGAAGAUUGCUCUGCUCUUCUUAAUGAGAGACCAUGUUGCAACGAGACUUUUAACUCUUCUUCUAUGGAUGAAUUUUUAAGGCAUCUUGGGCAAGGGAAGAUCGACAAAACCACAAUGGAUAGAUUAUUCUAUUUCAUACCUUGCGGCUAUGAUCCUUCGAACAUACAGUUUAAUCAUGACUUUGAGCAUGUAUUUAUGAGAAAUUACAAAAAGGUGAAGAUUGGACCCAGACCAGAAGAAGAUCAACACAAUAUUACACUCCAACAAAAUACUGAAAACAAUGCAAAUAAUGGCAUAGAUUUCACUGAUAUCGGAGGAUUUGAUCUAGAUAUUGAACACCCUAGAUCAGAUGUAAAUAUUGUUGAAGCACAUGAUAUGGAUGAGUUAGCAUCUAUUUUACUAGAAGAAAGUGAUCUGAAGACAGUUAUCUCACCAACAAAAGGAAUGAAUGCAUCAUUUACUGCUCAACACAGGUCCCCAGAAAAACAGCCGCUUCAGCCAAUUGAUGCUGCCGACGAUCUCAUCCAAUUUUUGGAAGAUCUUCAUGACGAGGAGCGUAAGAACAACUUCAAUGGCAACUCUAUGAUUAGCAAAAGUUGGAAUAUGCUUGCGUAUCUUCAGAAAAAGAGUGAAGAAGAGAGACACUCACGUACAGACAUGAACGAAAAAGUUUUUAUCAGCUUCAAUAAGAUUAUUCGUGAAGGAACCACCAAAAACUCAAAGAGACUGAAAUAUAAGGCAGCCCAAGGAUUUUAUCAGCUUUUAGUUCUAGCCUCCAACGGCCAUAUAGAGAUUGAAAGUCUGGAUAGGAUAUUUGUGCACUCUACCAUGGUUUGA